ACCUCUAGCCUACCAUGUCUGAACCAGGUUGUGGUGUUCCAGCCCAGAGAAGCUCACAGCAGGGUCCAGAGUUGCUGUCAGUGAAGCUGGGGGACUGCAGUCAAACAGUGGAACUCAAUGUGAUUGUCAAAGACGAGGAGGAGGAGAGAGAAAUCAAUGAGGGGGAGGAGGAAGAGCGAGAGGAGGACAGGGCCUCUGUUGACUCAGGAGAGAUCCCCAACCCAGACCCAGUCAACGAGCCCAGUUCCACAGAAUCAAUACUACCACCUGGUUGUGGGAGUUACCCCUGUCCUCAAUGUGAGAAGAGUUUCAGUUCCUCAACUAACCUAAAGAAUCAUCAAAGAGUGCACACUGGAGAAAAACCUUUUGACUGCUCAGCAUGUGGGAAGAGUUUCAGUGAGAAAGUAAACCUUAAGAGACAUGAGAGAGUACAUAGUGGAGAGAAGCCUUACCACUGCACCCAAUGUGGGAAGAGCUUCAAUCAUUCUGGAAGCCUUAAGGAACAUGAGAGAAUACAUACGGGGGAGAAGCCUUACCACUGCUCUCUGUGUGGAAAGAAUUUUCGUGUCGCAGGAGGCCUAAAGAAUCACCAGAGAUCACACAGUGGAGAGAAGCCUUACCACUGCACUCAGUGUGGGGAGGGAUUCACUCAGCUAAGAAGUCUUAAAAAUCAUGAGAGAAUACCCAUUGGAGGGAAGCCUGCCUGUCCUUUCAAUGUAAUUGUCCAAGAGGAGGAGGGUGAGAGGGGCAUCGAUGUGGAGGAAAAGAGAGAAGUUGAGGGAGAGGAGGACAAAAGUGGUGUAGUAAACAGUGCAUGUCAGAGCAAAAACCAAACCAUGAGGUCGAAGGAAUUGUCCGUAGAGCUCCGUGACAGGAUUGUGUCGAGGCACAGAUCUGGGGAAGGGUACCAAAAAAUUUCUGCAGCAUUGAAGGUCCCCAAGAACACAGUGGCCUCCAUCAUUCUUAAAUGGAAGAAGUUUGGAACCACCAAGACUCUUCCUAGAGCUGGCCGCCCGGCAAAACUGAGCAAUCGGGGAGAAGGGCCUUGGUCAGGGAGGUGACCAGAACGUUACGGUAACCGUAUUACCGCCACACUGGGGUUCAUGAUGGCCGUUUAGUCACGGUAAUUAGGCUUCUCCGAGCUUUGAUGCAGCUGAUGGUCAUUACUAGCCACCAAACUUUCUUAACUGCCUGGUACUCAGCACUCUGUUGUCCCUCUAAUCACUCUGGGAUCAAUGCAAAUGUAUUCCAACAUCUAAUCAAACACUUCAUGAUAAUGGUCCAUUCCAAAUCAAAACUAAACUAAUUUCACACAUUAUUUUGUAAAUGUAAAGACAACUUUAAUAUCAAGAAUAGUCUGAUAGGUGACAAUGUCAGCUUGUGGAUGAUGUAUUGUCACUUGUGGAUGAUGUAUUGUCACUUGUGGAUGAUGUGUUGUCACUUGUGGAUGAUGUGUUGUCACUUGUGGAUGAUGUGUUAUCACUUGUGGAUGAUGUGUUUCCACUUGUGGAUGAUGUUGUCACUUGUGGAUGAUGUGUUGUCACUUGUGGAUGAUGUGUUGUCACUUGUGGAUGAUGUGUUGUCACUUGUGGAUGAUGUGUUUCCACUUGUGGAUGAUGUGUUGUCACUUGUGGAUGAUGUAUUAUCACUUGUGGAUGAUGUGUUGUCACUUGUGGAUGAUGAUGUGUUGUCACUUGUGGAUGAUGAUGUGUUGUCACUUGUGGAUGAUGAUGUGUUGUCACUUGUGGAUGAUGAUGUGUUGUCACUUGUGGAUGAUGAUGUGUUGUCACUUGUGGAUGAUGAUGUGUUGUCACUUGUGGAUGAUGUUUCCACUUGUGGAUGAUGCCCAGCUCGUGCAGUAAGGCAAGAAACAGUGUAUGCCUUUUUUAUUUGUGACUUUUUCAAAUCAUAGUCGCACUCCUCAUGAAGCCAAGCCCACAGGCCUAUAUGUUCUGAUAAGGUUUGUAUCACAACUAAAGUGGCCAAAUCACUUCUUAUAAUUAAGCACAUUAAUCCGCUUUAUAACUGGCGUAGAGCCUAACUGGCAUACAUUGGCUGCCCGAAUUUGUUUUUGCUUUCGAGAAGUGUUUUCCCGCUAAUUGAUUUCAUUUUUGUAACAUCGGCUCUUAUAGCCUACUGAGGUUUGUGCAUUCCUACGCUCAUAAUGUGGUGAAAUAGCCUGAUAGUUUAUUAUCAUUUUAAGCUAAAUGUUCCGAGCUGUUGCAUCAGCCUCAAGUGGUUGUAUUAAUUUGGGAUCUAUCGCAUCCCACAACUGUCCCAGAGUAUGUUUGGCAUAUUUAUUUCUUGCACAGAAGGACAAAUUGACCAAUAGCAUAGGUAAACGUUUGUACUAUGGGGGAUAGUAGAUUGACAUAGGCAAGUGCUUUUGCUGUUUGUUAGGCCUCCUCAUCUUGUUGGUUGACGUAAAGUAGGCUAAAUGUGGACCGUUCUAACUUCUUCAAUAUGCGCCUCGGAAUUCGAAAAAGAGGGGCUUGCGCAGUUCCGUCCCCCCGAUGUAUCUGUCUUCACUUGUAGCCUAGUUCUCAGCUGAAAUUCUCACGAGAAGGACCAGAUCACGUGACGGGCGUUGGCUGAUAGGAAUGUAGAUAUCUGAGAGAGCCAUGUGAGUGAAGUGCUUCGGCGAACGGCAGCUGGGAGAAGGGAAUUAUAAUUGUUAUAUUCAGCCCAAAGGCACCGUGAUGCAUUUACGUCCACACAAGGGGGGGCGUCGCCCGGGAAAUUCGAGGCCUGAUGAGAAUAUUAUCAAGUGCUUGUCAAAAUUUUGAAUGAGAGACUGAUGAAGUGUGUGCAGCUUGCGACUAUUUUUCAAAUCGUGCUUAGAGUCCCAUCAUGCAGGCUUAGAAUGUAUUGAAAAAUCAGAACAUAUAUCCCAACGUUUGUAUCACAACUAAAGUUGCAUAAGUAACUCUACAUGAAGCAUAGAGUAGGACAGGAUCCUGUGUUAACCGCUCAACACAGAGUAGCCCUCAUGUGCGCACUUCCUUUUAAAUUGUUUGUAGAAAAUAUCCUUCCUAUCUUAUUAAGCUGUAUUCGUCGUACUAUAAAAUAAUUUUUAAAAAUAAUGCCACGGAAUUCUAAGCAAAUCUUGUCUGCUAAAUGAACUAGUGUAGCCCACAGCCAUAUCAGGACCUAACGUAAGGACAACUUUUACAGAGUAUGGUAUUCUGUUCUUCUGAAAUAGACUAAAUUUUAUUCAUAUUGUGUUUCUUUAGACCUGUCUAAAAUAAAUAAUGGAUUUAUUGUGAUGUAGACUAGGUUAAAUGGAUGUAUUAGACUUUUUAAACAUGUAGAAGUUCCAAAGGUCUACAUCAGUGGCUUGUAGGCUGCGUGUGGAAGCCAGGAGAUGCGAAAUGUGUUUGUUAUUAAUUAACGAUCAAUUACCGUGAGACCGGCAGUUAUUUGCUUGACAAUCACCGGCUGACAAAAUGUCAUGACCACCACAGCCCUACUCUGACAGAGCUCCAGACUUACUCUGUGGAGAUGGGAGAACCUUCCAGAAGGACAACCAUCUCUGCAGCAUUCAGGCCUUUUAUGGUAGAAUGGCCAGACGAAGCCACUCCUCAGUAAAACGCACAUGAGCGCCUCACUUGGAGUUUGCCAAAAUGCACCUAAAGGACUCUCAGACCAUGAGAAACCAGAUUCUCUAGUCUGAUGAAAGGAAACCAGGCACCGCUCAUCACAUGGCCAAUACCAUCCAUAUGGUGAAGCAUGGUGGUGGCAGCAUGAUGCUGUGGGUAUGUUUUUCAGCGGGAGGGACUGGGAGACUAGUCAGGAUCGAGGGAAGAUGAAUGGCGCAACAUAUAGAGAGAUCCUUGAUGAAAACCUGCUGCAGAGUGCUCAGGAUCUCAAACUGGGGUGAAGGUUCACCUUCCAACAAAACAACAACCCGAAGCAUACAGCCAAGAGAAUGCAGGAAUGGCUUCUGGACAUGUCUCUGAAUGUCCUUGAGUGGCCCAGCCAAAAGACCGGACAUGAACCCGAUCAAACAUCUCUAGGGAGACCUGAAAAUAGCUGUACAGAAACGCUCCCCAUCCAACCUGACAGAGCUUGAGAGGAUCUGCUGAGAAGAAUGGGAGAAACUCUGUAAAUACAGGUGUGUCAAGCGUGUGGCGUCAUACCCAAGAAGAUUUGAGGCUGUAAUCUCCGUCAAAGGUGCUUCAACAAAGUACUGAGUUAAGGGUCUGAAUACUUAUGUAAAUGUGAUAUUUCAGUUUUUUAUUUGUAAUAAAUUAGCAAAAAUGUCAAAACUAUUCUUGUUUUGUCAUUAUG